AUGUAUCCUGCGUACGGCACUUCGAACCCCUGGCGCUCCCGCUCGCAGCCCCCGCCACCUCGUCGCAACCGCAAACCCCACCCCUCGAAACAAGCCGACGACUCUCGCUCGCAACAACCACGGCCACAGGCAGCGCAGAAAGACGCCGAGGAACCCGUAGACGAACGCAUACAGCGCCUGCGCCAGCUCGACAGCAUCAAACGGCGAUUCGCGGAGCUGUCGACUUCGUUUCUUCCCCCUCCUCCCGCUUCUCUCACGUUCCAACCCUCGGCCUCUUCGAACGCGCCCAAACUCGAUUACACGUCGACGAAUGCACCUGUCCAUGGCUACGAGGACGCGCUUACCAAGCUGUUGAUGGAGCUGGACGGAGUCGAGUCGGGCGGAGACCUCGACGUCAGGACUAGGAGGAAGGAUCUCGUCAGAAAGGUCGAGAGUGAGGCGCAGAGGGUCGAGAAGUGGAGGAGGGACUGCUUUGAGGCGCGGCAGAGAGGCGAGGAAGGACCCGAGUGGAGCAAAGCGGCGAUAGAGGGCGAUGAGGCGAAGCAAGACGACGGGCAGGCUGAAGAACGAGGCGACGGCGGUGAGGAAAACGGCGGCCAGGACGCAGAAGAAGCUACGGUGGAUGGAGAUGCGGACGAAGAACGGGGAGAAUCGGAGGCGGACGAAGUGUCGACCGUGACGACCGCCAGCAUGAGCCGUCCGUCCACCAUGCCUCAGACCCCCUCCUCCGUCGACACCGGCUCAGUAACCGAAGAACUCGCUCGUCCGCCGGGCUUGCCCGUCCCUUCCUCGCAAGAGAAGGAACACGCGCAUGACGCUCUCAAGUCUGCUGCAACGGGAGACGGCGAUGGGGGCGAGGAAGAAGGUGCAUUCGCUGCGGCUGUCGAGGAGGAAGACGAGGAGGAGGGACCGCGUCAAGUCCCGCUGCGUGGACGUCAUCCAUCGGCUCCUGCCGCACACCACCCUCAUGUUGCUGCUACGAAUCGUCAGCCGUUUCCCGUACACCCGCAGCGGCAGCGCCAACCGGACGUCCAGGAACACCCCGAGUUCCGGAUCCACCCUCAGCGGCUUCAGCAGCAACAGCCAUCCCAUCGGCACUUCGAGCCGGAACGCCGAUACGUCGACCCUCUCGAAGCGCUGCUGGGAAUCCCAAGUCGGCGAGUCGCGGAGCAGCAGCAGCCUACCGAUGUUCUCUUCCGCCGCCGCUCGCCUCAGCCCUACGUUCCAGCGACCUACGCCGACGACGACGACUACGACGAGAUGGACUACUCGCCCUUCCACGCCUACACCCCUCAGACACAACGUUCCGUCUACCGCUCGCCUCCGCAGCAGAACCGCGAAGUCCCGUAUGGCGGCUACUCGACUCCCUCGUCUCUCUUUGGCGGUGGCGGCGUCCCCUGGUACGCAUACGGGUACCCGCACGAGGGCGACUUGUACGAGCACGCGCAGAGGCAGCAGCAGCAGCAGCAGGCGCACAGGAGGGCGCCAGGAUACGGAGCGUACGGCGGCGGGUUUGGGGGCGGUCCCUUUGGCUUUGGCGGGAUGUGGUAG